AUGAAGAAGAAAAAUCGGAAGAAGAAGAUGAUGAAGAAGAAGAAGAGUCGGAAGAAGAAGAAUCAGAAGAAUCAGAAGAAGAAGAAGAAUCAGAAGAAGAAGAAGAAUCGGAAGAAGAAGAAUCGGAACAAGAAGAAUCAGAAGAAGAAGAAUCAGAAGAAGAAGAAGAAUCAGAAGAAUCAGAAGAAGAAGAAGAAUCGGAAGAAGAAGAAGAAUCAGAAGAAGAAGAAGAAUCAGAAGAAUCAGAAGAAUCAGAAGAAUCAGAAGAAUCAGAAGAAUCAGAAGAAUCAGAAGAAUCAGAAGAAGAAGAAGAAGAAGAAGAAUCAGAAGAAUCAGAAGAAGAAGAAGAAUCAGAAGAAGAAGAAGAAUCGGAAGAAGAAGAAUCAGAAGAAGAAGAAUCAGAAGAAGAAGAAUCAGAAGAAGAAGAAGAAUCAGAAGAAGAAUCAGAAGAAUCAGAAGAAUCAGAAGAAUCAGAAGAAGAAUCAGAAGAAGAAGAAGAAUCAGAAGAAUCAGAAGAAGAAGAAGAAUCAGAAGAAGAAGAAGAAUCGGAAGAAGAAGAAUCAGAAGAAGAAGAAUCAGAAGAAGAAGAAUCAGAAGAAGAAGAAGAAUCAGAAGAAGAAGAAGAAGAAUCAGAAGAAUCAGAAGAAUCAGAAGAAUCAGAAGAAUCAGAAGAAUCAGAAGAAUCAGAAGAAUCAGAAGAAUCAGAAGAAUCAGAAGAAUCAGAAGAAGAAUCAGAAGAAGAAGAAGAAUCAGAAGAAGAAGAAGAAUCAGAAGAAUCAGAAGAAUCAGAAGAAGAAGAAGAAUCAGAAGAAGAAGAAGAAUCGGAAGAAGAAGAAUCAGAAGAAGAAGAAUCAGAAGAAGAAGAAUCAGAAGAAGAAGAAGAAUCAGAAGAAGAAGAAGAAGAAUCAGAAGAAUCAGAAGAAUCAGAAGAAUCAGAAGAAUCAGAAGAAUCAGAAGAAUCAGAAGAAUCAGAAGAAGAAGAAGAAUCGGAAGAAGAAGAAUCGGAAAAAAAAGAAUCAGAAGAAGAAGAUCAAGAAAAUACUCAUAAGAUCGUCAAAUUUAGAAAUUCGCAUAUCAUGUUUUUCAUUUCAGAAAGUGCCGAAACAUAUGCUAUCAUUAAUUAUGGAUUAA